CGAGCUUCCGGCAGAGCGGCGCCCGGCAGUACUGAUUUAAUUAUAUGCAUUUGGUGACAAACAUCUGUAAUCAAUUCACAAUCUAAUGAUUUUUUUUUUUACUGAAUAUUGAAUAAUACAAUACAGUAAGAAAAAAAUGGAUGAAGAGCCUGAAAGAACUAAGCGAUGGGAAGGAGGCUAUGAAAGAACAUGGGAGAUUCUUAAAGAAGAUGAAUCGGGAUCACUUAAAGCUACAAUAGAAGACAUUCUCUUCAAAGCAAAGAGAAAAAGGGUAUUUGAGCACCAUGGACAAGUUCGACUUGGAAUGAUGCGCCAUCUUUAUGUGGUAGUAGAUGGAUCAAGAACGAUGGAAGACCAAGAUUUAAAGCCAAAUAGACUGACAUGUACUUUAAAGUUGUUGGAAUACUUCGUAGAGGAAUAUUUUGAUCAAAAUCCUAUUAGUCAGAUUGGAAUAAUUAUAACAAAGAGUAAAAGAGCUGAAAAACUGACUGAACUCUCAGGAAACCCAAGGAAACACAUAAUGUCUUUGAAGAAAGCUGUAGAUAUGACUUGCCAUGGAGAACCAUCUCUUUAUAACUCCUUAAGCAUGGCUAUGCAGACGCUAAAGCACAUGCCUGGACAUACGAGCAGAGAAGUCCUAAUCAUCUUUAGCAGCCUCACAACCUGUGAUCCAUCCAAUAUUUAUGAUCUAAUCAAGACCCUAAAGGCGGCUAAAAUUAGAGUGUCUGUUAUUGGAUUGUCUGCAGAGGUUCGGGUUUGCACUGUGCUUGCUCGUGAAACUGGUGGCACAUACCAUGUUAUUUUAGAUGAAAGCCAUUACAAAGAAUUGCUAACACAUCAUGUUAGUCCUCCUCCUGCUAGCUCAAGUUCUGAAUGCUCACUUAUUCGUAUGGGAUUUCCUCAGCAUACCAUUGCUUCUCUGUCUGAUCAGGAUGCAAAACCCUCUUUCAGUAUGGCGCAUCUGGAUAGCAACACUGAGCCAGGACUUACAUUAGGAGGCUAUUUCUGCCCACAGUGUCGGGCAAAGUACUGUGAGCUUCCUGUUGAAUGUAAAAUCUGUGGUCUUACUUUGGUGUCUGCUCCCCACUUGGCACGAUCUUACCAUCAUUUAUUUCCUUUGGAUGCUUUUCAAGAAAUUCCCCUGGAAGAACAUAAUGGAGAAAGAUUUUGUUAUGCCUGUCAGGGGGAGUUGAAAGACCAACAUAAAAUGGCCGCCCAGGACAAAGCCCCUCCCGAGAGGAUUUCCCAGUUUGAUUAUGAUUUGCUCCCAGAGGUGUCUGCUCUUCUAGGCAUAGAUGCGUUUCAAUAUGCAAAGCAAGUGGAAGAAGAGGAGCAGAAAGAACGAGAAAAGAUGCGAAAAGGCUUUAAUGCACAAAUGCGUAGUGAAGCAAAACGGUUAAAGACUUUCGUGCCCUAUGAGGCCUACAGCGCGUGGACACCCCAGGAGAUGGCAGCGACUGGGUUUUACUUCACUGGCGUAAAAGCUGGGGUUCAGUGCUUCUGCUGUAGCUUAAUCCUCUUUGGUACCAGCGUCAACCGUUUCCCUGCGGAACACCAUAAGAAGUUCCAUCCAGAUUGCGAGUUCCUUUUGGGCAAAGAUGUUGGUAACAUUGCCAAGUAUGAUGUAAGAGUAAAGAAUCCAGAGAACAAGCUGAGGAGGGUCGACAAAGCACGGUACCAAGAAGAGAAGGCCAGACUCGAAUCCUUCAAGAACUGGCCCUUUUAUGCCCAAGGAACCUCCCCAAGGGAGCUCUCCGCUGCCGGCUUUGUCUUUACAGGUAAACGUGACACUGUGCAGUGCUUUUCCUGUGGGGGAUGUUUAGGAAAUUGGGAAGAUGAUGAUGAUCCCUGGAAGGAACAUGCCAAGUGGUUCCCCAAAUGUGAAUUUCUUCAAAGUAAGAAAUCCUCGGAGGAAAUUACCCAGUAUAUUCAAAGCUACAAGGGAUUUGUUGGCGUCACGGGAGAACAUUUUGUGAAUUCUUGGGUCAAGAGAGAUUUACCUGUGGCAUCAGUUUGUUGCAACUGUGACAUCUUUGCUAAUGAAGAACUCCGACUGGACUCUUUCAAGAACUGGCCCCAGGCCUCCUCUGUGGGAGCUGCACCUCUGGCCAAAGCAGGUUUUUUCUACACAGGUGAAUGGAACUCUUUCCAGUGUUUUUCCUGUGGAGGAUGUUUGCGUAAGUGGGAGGAAGGUGAUGACCCAUUAGAAGGACACACCAAAUAUUUUCCCAAUUGUCAGUUUCUCCAACACAUGAAGUCCUCUGCAGAAGUGAUUCCAGAAUUUCAGAGCCAUGGUGAACUUUCUGAAUUAACGGAUACUACAAGUGAAAGCAAUCUUGAAGAGUCAGCAGCAGUUAGUUCUGUAGUGCCAGAAAUGGCCCAGGGUGAAGCCCAGUGGUUUCAGGAGGCAAAGAGUCUGAGUGAGCGCCUGAGAAAAGCCUAUACUAGUGCCCCUUUCUGCCACAUGUCUUUGCUUGAGGUCUCUUCCUGCCUAGCCACCGAUCAGCUGCUGAGCUGUGAUCUGUCCCUUGCUUCAAAACACAUCAUCAGUCCUAUGGAAGAGCCUGUGGUGUUGCCUGAGGUCUUUGCUAACUUGAACUCCAUCAUGUGCGUGGAGGGUGAAGCAGGUAGUGGAAAGACGGUCCUCCUGAAGAAAAUAGCUCUUCUCUGGGCAUCAGGCUGCUGUCCCUUGUUAAACAGGUUCCAGCUGGUCUUCUAUGUCUCGCUUGGCUCUACCAGACUGGACCAGGGGCUGGCCAACAUUGUUUGUGACCAACUCCUAGAGACAGAAGGAUCUGUUACUGAAAUGGGCCUGAGGAACAUCAUCCAGCAGUUAAAGAACCAGGUGUUAUUCCUUUUGGAUGACUACAAAGAAAUCUGCUCCAUCCCCCAAGUCAUAGAGAGGAUGAUUAAAAAAAACCAUUUGUCAAGGACAUGCUUAUUGAUUGCUGUCCAUACAAAUAGGGCCAAGGACAUCCGCCGAUACCUAGAUUCAAUUCUAGAGAUCAAAGCGUUUCCCUUCUAUAAUACUAUCAAUAUAUUACGGAAGCUCUUUCCAGACAAUUUGAGCCGUCUACGAAAGUUUAUGGUUGACUUUAGAAUCAAUGAAACUCUAACGGGAAUUCAGAAAACUCCCUUCUUCGUAGCAGCAGUCUGUGCCAAUUGGCUUCAGUAUCCUUUAUGUCAUUCCUUUGAUGAUGUGGCUGUUUUCAAGUCCUAUAUGAAAUGCCUUUUCUUAAAGCACAAAACCGCAGCUGACCUUCUCAAAGCAACUGUGUCCUCCUGUGGUGAGCUGGCCUUGAAAGGGUUUUUUUCAUCCUGCUUUGAGUUUAGCGAUGAUGAUCUCAUAGAAGCAGGGAUUGGUGAAGAUGAAGAUUUAGCCAUGUACCUGAUGAGCAAAUUCACAGCCCAGAGACUGAGGCCAGUCUAUCAGUUUUUAAAUUCUGCAUUCCAAGAAUUUCUUGCUGGGAUGAGACUGAUGGAACUGCUGGAUUCAGAUAGGCAAGAGGAUCAAGAUUUGGGACUCCAUUAUUUGAAACAAAUUAACUCAUCCAUGAUGGCUGUAUGUCCCUAUGAUAAUUUCUUGAACUAUGUCUCCUGCCACCCUUCAACAAAGGCAGCGCCCAAAAUUGUAUCCCAUUUGCUUCUUUUGGUGGAUAAUAAAGAGACACUGGAGAAUAUAUUUGAAAAUGAUGACUACCUGAAGCAGCAUCCAGAAACUUCAGAGAAGAUGCAAUGUCUCAGGAUAAUGUGGCAAUUUUCUCCACAAGAUUACUUUUCACUGGUUUCAAAACAUUUACUGGCUCUGGCUGUAAAAAUUGCAUAUCGAAGCAACACUGUUGCUGCAUGUUCUCCAUUUAUUUUGCAAUUUCUUCAGGGGAGAACCCUGUCUUUGGAUGUACUUAAGUUACCAUAUUUUUUUGACCACCCAGAAAGCCUGUUAUUGUUAAGGAGAAUCCAGGUCUCCAUAAGUGGAAAUGGGUUACCCAGAUCACCUCUUUUAUCCCUGGAGGGAAUUUUGGACAAAUCCCAGGCACCAACUAUAGAUCAGGACUAUGCUUCUGCCUUUGAACAUGAGAAUGAAUGGAGGCAAAAUUUAGUUGAAAAACAGGAAAACAUGAAGAGUUUUCUGAACAUGAAACUCAACCCACUACCAGAUAUCAGCACUGGCUAUUGGAACCUUUCUCCAAGGCACUACAAGAUUCCCCUUCUGAAUGUUCGUGUGACUGGUACUGAUGCUGCAGGUCAGGAUAUGCUGAGGUUUCUAACGGAAGUUUUCUCAGCUUCACAGCACAUUGAACUCCACGUAAGCAGCAGCAAGGGUUUUAUUGAAAGCAUCCGCCCAGCUCUUGAGCAGUACAAGGCCUCUUUCACCAAGUGCUCCAUAAGCCAAUUAGAGCUGAGUGCAGUAGAACAGGAACUGCUUCUCACUCUGCCUUCCCUAGAAUCUCUUGAAGUCUCAGAGGCACGCUGUCUACAAGAUCAACUCUUUCUUAAUUUGGACAAGUUCUCGUGCCUGAAAGAAUUGUCUGUGAAGCUGGAUGAUAAACAAGAUAUUUUUUCAGUCAUUUCUGAAGAAUUCCUAAAUCUCCACCAUAUGGAGAAAUUAUUGAUUCAAAUUUCAGCUGAGCAUGGUCCUUCCAAACUAGUCAAAUUAAUUCAGAAUUCUCCGAACCUUCGUGUUUUCCACCUACAAUGUAAUUUCUUUUCGGAUUUUGAGUCUCUCAUGACUGUACUUGCUUCCUGCAAGAAACUUGAAGAAAUUAAGCUUUCUGGAGCAUUUUUUGAAGCCGUCACAUUUGUCAUUGUUUUGCCAAAUUUUAUUUCUCUGAAGAUAUUAAAUCUUGAGCACCAAUAUAUUCCUGAUAAGGAAACAGCUGAAAAAUUUGCCGAUGCUUUAGGUUCUUUACAUAACCUGGAAGAACUGAUCCUUCCUACUGGGGAUGGGAUUCAUCAGGUGGCCAAACGGAUCAUCCAGCAGUGUCAGCAUCUUCAGUGUCUCCGCAUCCUCUCGUUUUUCCAGACUUUGGAUGAUGACAGCGUGGUGGAAAUUGCCAAGGUAGCAAUCAAUGGAGGGUUCCAGAAACUUGAGGAUCUUAAUCUUUCAAUCAACCACAAGAUUACAGAGGAAGGAUACAGAAACUUCUUUCAAACACUGGACAACAUGCCCAACUUGCAAGAGCUAACUGUUUCCAGGCAUUUCAAAGAAUGUAUCAAAGCUCAGGCCACAACAGUCAAGUCUUUGAGUCGAUGUGUGUUACGACUGCCAAGACUCACCAGACUUAACAUGUUAAGUUGGCUCCUGGAUGCAGAAGACGUCGCACUGCUUACUGCCACGAUAGAAAAGCAUCCUCUAUCUAAACACUUCACCCUUCAUUGGAAAUGGGUACUGCCAUUCUCUCCAAUCAUUCAGAAAUAGAAGAUUUGGCUAAACAGUGUUAAAUCGAGAAAAUUUUUGUCAAUACAAAAAACCUAAUUAUCCAAAACCUGUUAUUAAAAGAAUACAAAAGAAGAAAAUGCAUAAGGCAUUGAAUGAAAGAACCCAAACACCCUGCUUACCCAUUACUGAGCUUAAGAAACAGAUUACUACAAGUAACUUUGAAGUCCCUAAACGAUCCUCCCCAACCAAAGAUCAGACCUUUAGUCAAGUUUAUACAGCUAACUCUUCAUGACCCAGGGUCAGCAUCAGACUUUCAGGCUAACGAAGGUGAACAGCAACAAAGCCACAGGGCAGGGGGUGGGAGAGGGGUACCAACCUAUCUUAAAGCCACAAUAGGAAAGGAGUCUUCAAGUUAUUACAAAGUGGCUGACUUAAGGACUGAAUCAAUUUCACACAUGGGUGAAACAGGAGAUAUUCCUUAAGCCUUGUAGGGUCUGUUUGUACAUUUAAUUAACUUUGCCAUGGUAGGGUUUACUUACACCUUCCCUUUAUCCACUGUGUUGGAUAUGAAGAAAUAGGAUUUAGGGAAAACGCUAGUUUUCUAGAGGCGUUUGAUUCAAUGCUUAUCGUAGAAGCAAAGAAUAGAAUUUAGCAUUAUUAGAAAUUAGCUAAUUCUGUGUUUUCAAAAAUCUUAACUAUCCAUGUUUUUUUAGAUAACCACGUUUGAGUCCAACAUGCAUUUAUAAUGGCCUUAAAAUGUUCUUAUGAAUCCACUUUGCUGAGGGAGAACAUAUUGUCAGUAACUUCAUAUUGUUCAAGGUAUUACAUCUGGUGUGAAUGUCUACAUCUGUGCCUGUGUCCAAAAUUUCACUCUUACCAGUUAAUAAGAGUUUUCUGAAUGGCUAGAAGGCCAUUCCAAAUUCAUAAUGCUAGUGUAAGUUGGAAAACAGCGAUUCUUUUACCGUAAUUUUUAUUUUUACCAUGAAACACAGGGAUGGUAUAUAUGGUAUGAUCCUAUUUGUUUAAAAACUAUACUCUCAUGUUUCUAGAUGCGGUAAGCAUUUCUGGAAGAAUAUACAAAAAAAUGUUAAUAGUGGUAACUAUUUUCAGUGGUUAGAAAGGGGACAGGAAGGCUUUCUUUUUCACUUUCUUCCUUUUUGUACUGCUUUUUGUUUUAGCAUUACAACAUUAAUUGUUGCUCUGGAGGGUGAGUACUAGAAGGUGAGAUGGAUUAUCUUGUCUGAUUUUAUAUCUAAUGCUUUUGUAAUCAGAAAGGUUUUAAGUAUUAUAUCAGAGUCCAAUCAGGAGAUAGAAACCACACAGUAAUUUGGGGAAAGUUUACUAUAAGGAGUUAUUCACUGUGACAGGAAACUGGAGUGAUGAGGAUUGAUUAGUGUGAAACCGAGAACUCUAGGCAGAUAUAGGGAAUAGCCUAUUGGCUGUUCAUGCUAGGCUGAGACAGAGCAUCCAAAGAAAGUGCCCCACGGCUGAGAUCUAGACCUCGACAGAGAAGGCACAGCCAUGGACAACAGAGAGGCUGGCUGAAUUAAAGCGGUGCAGCCCGAGAAAGUGUAAGCUUGGGGCACUUUGCUUAAAAAGUGUUUUGGGGGUGCCAGGGGAAGCCAUCCAUGUGGGGGGUGGUUGAGUGCUGCUGGCCACUGGGUACUGCUGAAGCCAGGCACUGCACAAGGCUGUAGGAACCAUGUGCUGCAGGCAUCUGCUAGAGGGGCACGCCGGACCCAGGAAAGUAGACCCUUGUCCCGCCAGCACCCUCUACUGACAAAGCUUUACCCUGUACCUGCUGACAAGGGAGUAUUUACAGGGUCCGUAUUCAUUAUUGGAGACUAGGCAGUGAAGGCUGGAUUUGGACAUGAAGGCAAUAAUGUCAUAAGCAGUACAAGUAUUACUUUUUACAUUUCAUAAUUCAGACCUAAAGGAAAAAGAACCUAGUUAAAUUUAAGACUGACUGAGAGCGUAUGCAUACAUGCAUGUUCAUAGCUUCAUAGAAGACUUCUUAAAUAAGAAAAUGGUCAUGAUGACAGAUUCUAGGGAGGGGAGCAGGAUAGCUAGUGGACAGGGUAGGGAGGUUUACUUUGUCCUGCAUAUUAAUCACCUGAAUUCU